UAUCCGUUGCUUAUAUCUGGAUCUUGUCUUUUGUCGGAUCAUCAUCCACUUGGCUAAUCUUUGAUGUCUUAUCUCUCCUUGUUUUUGUUGCUGUGUGUUUCUGAAUCAGACAAAAGUAGUAAAGAACUAAUCUUUGGUAGUGAAAUUGGAGUCUUGUCGAUUUGAUUCAUGUUUAGGGUUACUUUCGCGAUGGAAUCUGGGAUAGAUCUUUCUCAUGCUUGUUGGGUUUUGAUGAAAGCAAUCGACUUUUAAGAUUAAAUUUUGUUUCUUUCCAGAUUAAUUGUCUGCAUUUCUUAAACUAAUUUUCUGGGUUUUGAGUAUCCUCUGAAGACACAUACUGAAUCUGUUCUAAUACAUCUGUAUAGUAUGGUGAUAUGGUUUCGAGAGAACACUGUAUCUGUUAUGAAUUAAUUUACAUUUUUUUUUAAUUAGAAAACGUUAUCUUAAAAUCUGCCAUUAUUGAUUGACUUCUUACUUUGCUUUUUACAUGUGUUCACACACACAUUUAUGUGGUUUGUCUAGUUUUGUUCUCUUUACUUACUCUUAAAUGGAUGUCAACAUGCAUUAUUAUGUGCCACAUCAUAGCUCACUUGUAACUUCCUACCAUUGUGUUAUCCACUCUAAUUUGAUCUUUUACCUCUCAAAAGGAAGCAUUCAGUUCUUUUAAUUUCACUGAAGAAAACAAGCAGUAUGGGAACUCACAUCAAUUUCAACAACUUAGGAGGUGAAGGAAUGAAGCCAACAGAUAACGCUUAUCCCUUGGCGAGACAGUCCUCGCUUUACUCACUAACCUUUGAUGAGCUUCAGAGCACACUACUUGGUGGACCAGGAAAAGAUUUGGGGUCGAUGAACAUGGAUGAACUCCUGAAGAGCAUAUGGACUGCUGAGGAAGCUCAGGCCAUGACCAUGAAUCCAUCAUCUGCUGCUACAGCUGUAGCGCAACCCGGUGGUGGUAUCCCUCUCCAGAGGCAAGGCUCGCUGACGUUGCCUAGAACGAUUAGUCAGAAGACUGUUGAUGAGGUCUGGAAAUGUUUGUUCACCAAGGACGGUAACAUGGUAGGUAGCAGUGGAGGAGGAGGCUGUGGUGAGUCCAAUGCGCCUCUGAGGCAACAGACUCUAGGGGAAAUAACGGUUGAGGAGUUUCUGCUCCGCGCUGGAGUUGUCAGAGAAGAUAACAGCAACAAUGGGUUUUAUAGUAACAACGGAGCUCCUGGAGGAUUAGGCUUUGGGUUUUGUCAGCCAAAUCAAAACAACAUUUCAUUCAAUGGUACUAAUGAUUCCAUGAUCUUGAAGCAGCCACCACACCAGCAGUUUCAACAACAGCCAUCACAACCGCAGUUGCAGCCAAGACAGCAGCUGAAUCAGCCGCCACAUCCUCCACAGCAGCAGCAUCCUCACCAGCGGCUGCCUCAAACCAUUUUUCCUAAACAAGCAAACGUGGCAUUUGCUGGGGCUGGGAAUAAUGCAAGCAACAAUAAUAACAAUGGAUUGGGUAAUUUUGGAGGAGGCGGGGUGACUGUUGCAGCAACCUCUCCAGGGACAAGUAGCGCAGAGAAUAAUUCUCUGUCACCGGUUCCUUAUGUGCUUAACCGAGGAAGAAGAAGUAAUACUGGUCUAGAGAAGGUUAUUGAGAGGAGGCAAAGGAGAAUGAUCAAGAACCGAGAAUCAGCUGCUAGAUCAAGAGCUAGGAAGCAGGCUUAUACCUUGGAACUGGAAGCUGAGAUUGAAAAGCUCAAGAAAGUGAACCAAGAAUUGCAGAAGAAACAGGCUGAGAUGAUGGAAAUGCAGAAGAAUGAGCUGAAGGAAUCUUCGAAGCAACCGUGGGGAAGCAAAAGGCAAUGCUUGAGAAGGACACUAACCGGUCCAUGGUAAAAGCAGAAGGAAGCAACAAGAACCGAUCAAACCAGACACCAGUUUGCAUGGGGCUAAUUAAUAGGAGACAGUGCUACUUGUACAGGAGAUUAAGAGAGAUUUUAUUGAGUGGGAAUAUUAGGUUACAGAAUGUAGAAGUUUCCAUUAUGAAUUAAAACAUAUUUUGUGCCCUGGCCUUCAUUAGUAUACUCUGUUUUGUAUUUUAUGGUCUGAUUGGGUUUAUAAAAGACAUCGAUGUUUUAUGUA